AUGGAGGACACGGUAGCACCGGCGGAACUAACGACCCCAACGACCCCAUCCCCGGUCUAUGUGUUCGACUGGGAAACCUACUCGUGGAGCACCACGGUGGCCACCACCACCACCACAACCGCCAAGCAGGCGUCCUCGGGCGGCCUGGGAGUGGGCAUCAUCGUGCUGAUCGUGCUCGUGGUGCUCCUGUGCUGCAUGUUCAUCAUCUGCCUGCCGCUCCUCUGCCUAUGCGGCUGCUGCGGCCUGGCCUGCUCCGCCUGCUUCUCCUGCGGCGACGGAUGCUGUGGGGAUGGCGGCGAGAGCGGAGACGGCGGAUGCUGCGGCGACGGGUGUGGCGACGGAUGUGGCGACGGCUGUUGCGGCGACGGUUGCUGCGAGGGCGGGGGCGGCGGAGGGCAGGACUGCUGCGACGGUUGCGGGGACUGCAACAUAGACGAUGACUGA